AGCGCAAUGGAGCUCAGAGGAAGGAGUGGAGUUCGUGCACAGUCUCUUCUCUCGCGAGGAAGGACGCCAUUACCGAAAUCCCUACAAAACAACACGAGAAUUCAUCAUUCACACGGCUGAUGAAUGAUGUCUGAGCAGGAUCUGGUGGAGAUAGUCCAGAUUGCUGUGGCGGAUUUAAACCAUGAGGAAAAUGAUGCAGAUGUUCUGGAGAACCAUGAUGAUGCUGAUAAGCCCGAGCGGAAGCGAGCGAGGAUGGAAAGCAGUAACCAGGAUGUGACCCUCAAAGCAAUGCUAAUGUCCAUUAGCCAGGCCAUUUGCCAGAGGUUGGACAACAUGGAGGCGAAGCUGCAGGUGCUGGAGACAACAUGUCGGGCCUUGGAGGAGAAGUUUGACACUGUGAUGGGGAAAAACCCAGGGGCAAUUCAGGUGCCUAUGGUGGCAGGAUCACCCUUCGGUGCCACGCAGACGUGUGACAAACUUCCUGAUGGUUGUGUCGUCAGUGUGGUGCCACAGACCAAUGUAGUAAUGAGCAGUGAACGUCCCAAACCAAGCCAUGAAGAAUCUCUUCCUCGCACCACAGACUCACUGGAGAAUCUUCUAAGCAAUACGGUUGGCAGAGGGAAACACAAAACAAUCGUCCUGAAGGUGCCAGGGCCAGAAGAGAGUCAGGAAGAGCAGGAAAGCGGAUCCGAAGCUAGCGAUACUCUGUCGAAUAGCGGCCAAUCCUCAGCGCAGAACACCAACAAUGUCACACUCAUCACCCUUAACUCAGAAGAGGAUUACCCUGCAGGAACAUGGCUCGGGGAUGAAAAUAACCCAGAGAUGCGUGUGCGCUGUCCUGUGUCUCAAAGCGACAUGUUGCACAUCAGCAGUAACUGUCGCACACCGGAGAAGAUGGCACUCACACUGCUGGACUACCUGUUCCACCGUGAGGUGCAGGCCGUCUCUAACCUGUCCGGCCAGGGCAAGCACGGCAAGAAACAGCUGGACCCACUCAUGAUCUAUGGCAUCCGCUGUCAUCUGUUCCACAAGUUUGGCAUCACUGAGUCAGACUGGUACCGAAUCAAACAGAGCAUUGACUCAAAGUGUCGCACAGCAUGGAGACGGAAACAGCGUGGACAGAGCCUGGCUGUUAAGAGCUUCUCCCGCAGGGUACCGGCUGCCCGCACUGGCUCAGAGGGGGUCUCUGUAACAGAAACAGCGUCUUUGGAGAACUCCACACAGCAGGCUCUCCAAUACGCACUGGCUGGUGCAACUCAACAGGUUCAGAUCCACCGCAUAGGAGAAGACGGACAAGUGCAAGUAAUCCCUCAGGGACACCUCCAUAUAGCUCAGGUGCCACAGGGAGAGCAAGUGCAGAUCACGCAGGACAGUGAGGGCAACCUCCAGAUCCACCAGGUGCAUGUUGGGCAGGACGGACAGGUUUUGAGAGGGACUCAGCUCAUUGCCGUUGCCUCUGCUGAUGGGACAGGGACGGUGGAAGCAUCUCCUCUGCAGGCCAAUGACAUCCAAGUUCAAUACGUCCAACUGGGCCCUGUGACUGACCACACGGGAACUGUGCAAGCUGAGGCACUGGGAUCUGCCCUGCAAGCAGAGAUGGACGUGAAAGAGGCCAUACAGAUCCAGCAAGGUGCGAACGGUGAAGUGGUCCAGAUUCAGAUGCCUGUCAACACAGUGGGAACCUGAGACACCAGCUCGUGCACUCUCUCUCAAACACAAGACUUUACAUACACAGAUGUAUUAAUGCGACUCUGCAGUAGUAGCACCUGAGAUUCACAGCGAGAAAGAGAGAGAGAGAGAGAGAGAGAGAGAGAGAGAGAUAAAGACCUGUAUGUGAAGAUGCUCGAAUUCAAAGUUGGAGUGGACAAUCAUGGGUUAAGUCUAGAUGGAGAGUCUUAGUUUAAACAAAUCACAUAAUUCCUUUUGGCUCAGCUUGUCUAUUGGCAAUCUCCUGACAAUCACAGACUGUGAAAGUGGCCAGUCAGCUUAUUAACACAAUAGCAAUGCUGGCUCGAGUGCAGGCUUGUCAAAGCUGCAUGUGAUACAGACUGUGGCCCAGCUGAGUACAGGAUGAAGGAGUUUUUUCCCCUCUCUGCAUCUGCACUCCAUCACUGCAUCAGCUUCAGUGUGUGAUGAGUUUAUUUAACUACAGCUUAAAGGAGUCUGUCUAGCUGUUAGGUUUUCAGGUUCAGCUAAUCUCCUCCCAGUUACGACGAAGAUCCUAUACCGAAAACAACGAUACUUGCAAAUGAAGGACGUUUUGCUUUGCGUGCUUCCUCCAAGGUUCUGGAUUCCAAAUAACCAGGAGCAUCUACCACAUACCUGACAAACGAUUGCUUUGUGAAUAUUAAUGAGUAAAUUCUUUUUUUAACUUUUAUUUGUUUACUGUCAUUAAGUAGAUUGUGGGUUGCUGUUACCUUAUGCUAAAAAUGAAUUAAGCAGAAAUAUUUAUGGCUCUAGAUAGGAAACAUGAAUUUGUAUUUGGCAGUAAUAAUAAUGAAACUCAUGUACAUACAUUGUAUUACAAGUAUUCACCCCUGAACUUUUCCACCUUUUGUGGUGGUAACAGCUGGAACUGAAAUGCACUUAAUUUUGAUUAUAUGUCAUGAAUCUUAGUUCUGUUGCAACCAGAUUCCAGUCACAUAUCUCAAUACAAAUAAACCUGGAAUGUACAUGGAAGGCCUCAGUGUUUGUUAGAGAACUUAUUGUUAUAAAAAAUAUCUAAACUUUGAACAACCUGUGCAGCAAGAUUAAGUCUGUUAUUAAAACAUGGACAGAAUGUGGAAUAUCUGCAGCUCUUGUCUUCAGGAAGCUGGUAAGGGCACCAUUAGUCAGGGAUGCAUCCAAAAGGCUAGAGGUAACUAAAUUUGAAUUUAUCAUCGCUGUGCUUCAGUAUGUGCAUAGUCAUAUUCGAGUGAUGGCAAUGCUGGGUUUUUACCACUGGUAGGACUUUAUGCCAGAGGGCCAACUGUUCCCUUGUGGUUUAAUCAGAACAAAUGAUCAUGUUUGCUGAGUCUCCAUCAAGCCUUUAACUGGACUGUAGAGAAUGCACUGCUUUACAUUGUGUUUAACUAACACUCAAAAUGGAAAAACGAGGAAUUCAUUAAAGAAGAGAAAAAAGCGAGUUAUGUUUACACAUUACUGUGUCUCAUGAUGCUGUUAGAUGAGUUAUGAAAGCUUUGUGCUUUGAAUGAAUCAAAAUCUGGGUUUAGCACCAGUACUGUGACAAAUAUUAAAAAAUCAACACAUUAUUGUAAAGAGUGGUGAUAUAACUGUUGUAGUAUUGUGACUGUUUGCUAUUAAACGAGUAGUCUGUUUUCUGUUAA